CCAUUGAUAGAAGAAUGGAUGAUAUUUGACAGAUGAUAUUUUUAUGUAAACUGUUUAAUUAGUGUGCUUUUAAGCAGAAAUCAUGAAGACGGUAUUGAUGGUGGCUGAAAAGCCAUCGUUGGCUCAGUCAAUAGCCAAAAUAUUGUCCAAUGGCCAAAUGAACAGCCGGAAAGGGUCGAACGGAGCUUGCUCGGUACACGAGUACAGGGGUGUUUUCCCACCGACUAGAGAGAAUGUAUUUUACAAGAUGACAUCAGUCUGCGGUCAUGUGUUUGGUUUGGAUUUCAUGGGGAAAUACAACAACUGGGAUCGUGUUGAUCCUGUUGAACUGUUCAGUGCACCCACCACAAAGAAAGAGGCAACUGAAAAGUUAAAGAUGCCAGCAUUUCUGUCAAAAGAGGCACGUGGAGCAGAUUAUGUGGUGCUAUGGUUAGAUUGUGACAAGGAGGGUGAGAACAUUUGCUUUGAGGUGCUGGACUGUAUUGAUAAUUCGAUGAACAGAGGAACAGGACAGACCGUGUUCAGGUCAAAGUUCAGUGCCAUCACCGACAGAGACAUCAAAGAGGCCAUGAACAAACUAGUGAGUCCCAAUAAAAAUGAGGCAUUGUCAGUGGAUGCUCGCCAAGAAAUGGACCUCAGAAUUGGUUGUGCUUUCACCAGGUUCCAAACUAAGUUUUUUCAGGGAAAGUAUGGUGACCUAGACAGUACCUUGAUAUCAUAUGGGCCAUGUCAGACUCCCACGUUAGGCUUCUGUGUGGACAGACAUGAUAAGAUUCAAUCCUUCAAACCAGAGCCCUACUGGGUCAUACAUGUGCAGGUGGCUCACCCUGGUGGUAGAACAAUUAGCCUCGACUGGGACAGAGUUCGAAUAUUUGACAAGGAGGUGGCACAAAUGUUUGUCAACAUGAUCAAAGGUGUAGACUCGGCCAGAGUUCUGAGAGUUGUUCAAGAAGAGAAGUUUAAAAGCCGUCCAAUAGCCCUGAACACAGUUGAAAUGUUACGUGCUGCCAGCUCAGGAUUAGGUAUGGGUCCACAGCAUACCAUGCAGAUUGCAGAGAGGUUGUACACACAGGGCUACAUAAGCUAUCCAAGAACCGAGACCACACAAUACCCAGAUAACUUUGACCUUAAAGGAACACUGAAACAGCAACAGUCCAACUCUUUAUGGGGCAGUAUUGUGUCUGAUCUACUCAACACCGGUAUACAGAAACCAAAAAAAGGAUCAGAUGCUGGUGACCAUCCACCCAUCACACCAAUGAGGCCUGCUACAGAGGCUGAGCUAGGCCAUGACGCCUGGCGACUGUAUGAUUUCAUCACCAGACACUUCAUAGCCACACUUAGUCGAGACAUGAAGUACCUGCAAACCACUGUGUACAUAGAGAUUGGAGCAGAGAAAUUUACUUGUAGUGGUAAAGUGGUGCUAGAUCCAGGCUUCACAAGCAUUCUGACAUGGAAGUCUGCUGAUGAGGAAUCACUGCCAGAGUUCAAAAAGGAUCAGAAUCUCACUGUCAAUGAUGUGAAGUUAGUGGAUCGUCAGACAUCUCCACCAGAUUACCUGACUGAAAGUGAGCUUAUAACAUUGAUGGAGAAGCAUGGUAUCGGGACAGAUGCCAGCAUUCCUGUGCACAUCAACAACAUCUGUGAAAGGAAUUAUGUGAGCAUCAUAGGUGGUCGUAAACUCAAACCCACAGCACUUGGCAUUGUAUUGGUGCAUGGAUAUCAAAAGAUUGAUGCUGAGCUGGUACUCCCAUCUAUGCGGUCAGCAUUAGAAAAGCAGUUGAACCUGAUAGCAGCUGGAAAGGCAAACUAUGAAGAAGUGCUCCACCACGGAAUCAGUAUCUUUUGUCUCAAAUUCAAGUACUUUGUGGAGAGUAUUCCCGGCAUGGACGAGUUAUUUGAGGUGACCUUUUCACCUCUUGCUGCUAGUGGAAAACCACUGUCAAGAUGUGGUAAAUGUCGACGAUUCAUGAAGUUCGUGCAGGCCAAGCCUUCUCGUCUACAUUGCUCAAAUUGUGAUGAGACAUUCAGCCUCCCUCAGAAUGGUAGCAUAAAGCUGUACAAGGAGAUAAAAUGUCCAUUAGAUGACUUUGAAUUGGUGCUGUGGACCACAGGUGUCAAAGGAAAGAGCUUUCCACUUUGUCCCUACUGUUUCAAUAACCCCCCAUUUAAGGACAUGAGGAAGAACUAUGGAUGCAAUGAGUGUACCCACCCGAGCUGUCAACACAGUCUGUCUCAGAAUGGUGUAUCAGAGUGUGUGGAGUGUGAGAACGGUGUUCUGGUACUCGACCCCACCUCCAGCCCUAAAUGGAGGAUGGCCUGUAACAAAUGUAAUGUGGUGCUGCAUUUCUUUGAGAAUGCCCAUCGUGUGUCCGUGUCCGAGGAUACUUGUGAUGACUGUGGCUCUCACAUAGUCAACGUAGACUUCAGCAAGGGUAAAACACCGCUGGCUGAUGGAAAUACUGAGCAUUCUGGCUGUGUGUUCUGUGACAAUGUGUUCAAACCAAUGGUGGAGAAACAUCAUGCAGUGAUGAAGCGUAGAGGGGGGAGAGGAAGGGGUCGAGGGGGAAGAGGCAGAGGAAGGGGAAGGGGCAGGGGUAAACCGAAGGACAAGAUGGCAGCACUUGCAGCAUACUUCGUGUGAAACAUAGACAGUAAUACUUAGUGUUCAGAACUGAAUUGAAAUUGUUAUUUUGUACUUUAGAUUUUUUAACCAGCUGAAAUAUCUGCAAUAUUAGAAAUACUCAACGUAGAUCUAAUUUUUUAGUGAACUGCAAGUUCUGUACCUUUUUAAUGUAGAGCAGUCAUUAAAAAUGCACUUAAAGCUAGAAGAGCAAGAAUUUGUUCCAAUUUUUUACCACAAUUUGUACUGCAGUAAAUUUUGAAGUUUUUAAAAUGCAUUUGAAAUAUAAAUAUGACAGAUUCUCAUUAAAAUGUCUUCAUUUGUGGUA